AUGCAUUUUUCUCUUCUGCUCAUCCUUUUUGCGAGCCCAACAUACGCAUGGCUGCCACUGGAGGACUGGGGCUCAGGCAAUGUGACCGGCUCUGUGGGAGAAUCUGGCCAGUGUAUCUGCCAUGUGUUCUUGCCUGACACUACGUUCCCUGCAGACCGUGUGGAGAGUGUCCAGAUAUCUUCCAAUAAGCUGACCGUGGACGUGGAGCUCCAUAUCAGCAAGCUGAUUAGUUUCAAAGCGCAGCUGGUUGUUCUUCUCGAGGAGCUCUCCAACUUGACUCUCCGUCUGGAAGUGGUGGAGAGUGGACCUGAUAAGUAUGUGAAACUGGAGUUUGAGCUGCUGAGGAUCGAGCUGAGAGAAUUUGAAGCGAUGGUCACAGAAUUGAAAACGUCUCUCAACUCCUCCUCGCCAGCAUUUGACAGCCUUUACAAUGAGAUUCGCAAUAUGAGCAUGAUUGUAGAUCAACUGGAAAGCUACGACCAGAGCAACUUAGAGGUGAUUCGCAUUGAGUUUGCCAAGCUUCAGAAGAAGCUGGAGAAAUGCAGAGAUGAACAGGACGACUUCUCCAAUGUACAGAUAGGUUCCUGCAAGCAUGGAGGAAUCCUGAGAGUUGGCAAACCUGUUGUCAGCCAGCUGAAUGCAAAUUUGAACACUGGCUAUACCUAUGGAGGAUGGGGAAAAGACACCAACCCCCUGCCCGGUUCUGAAAAUAUGUACUGGUACUCUGCUUCCACUGAUACAGUGGUCAGAUAUAUUAGCGUUUAUACUGACUACUACAGGCUGAUCAUGAGACAGGCAAAGAAAACAUAUGACCUCUAUGAUCCAAAGAAGGACUGGCGAGGUACAGGUAAUAAUUAUAUCAUACGUAAUAACACAUUGUACUAUCAGUUCGCGAACCCUUUCAGCAUGGCUAAGUACAACAUGACCAGUCAGACAGCAGAGUACAGGGUGGUCCCCAAAGCAAGCAAUAGAUUUUCCUACCAAUAUUCAGCCAAUCAGAACUUAGACUUUGCAGCAGAUGAGACUGGACUGUGGGUAACGUACGCUACAGAGGAAUCGAAGGGUAAACUGGUGCUGGGGAAGAUAGACGAGGCUGCGUUUGCAUUGUCAGAGGUUUGGGAAACCAGCAUUUUCAAACAGUCUGUGACUAACACCUUCAUGAUUUGUGGUGUUCUUUAUGCUACGCGAUCUGUAGACAUCCACACUGAAGAGAUCUUCUACACUUAUGACACUCAUACAAGACAGGAGAGCUAUGUUAGCAUUCCUUUUGAGAAGUUCCUGGAUUUCUAUGUCAACCUGGACUACAACCCCACAGAUCAGAAACUGUACAUGUACAAUAAAGGCUACUAUGUCUCAUAUCAUGUGAAGUUCAAGAGUGCCUAGAUGCUCUCUGGCAGGCUGGUUUGAUUGAAAAGUCUGUUUAAAGAUGCAAGCUUAAUGCAUUAAUUACUGGAUUUUAAGCACCAAUAAAAUUUAGUCUUUUCUCAGAAAUAAAACUGAAUCUAAGCAUUGCA